UAACCUUUUGCAACUCCCUGGCUCAUUCAAAUCGAAGUUUUCAGACAACCAGGAACAGUGUGUUUAGAAAAAUUUUCCAAAAAACAUCAAACUUUCUGAUAAUUUCGUAGUAAAUUUCAAGUCAAAAUAUGUCGCGUCUUUCCCGGUCUCAAUUACCUGGACACAAUAUCGGCACCAGACCCUCUCAGACGGAUGACGAUAAGCUUGCCGAACGCAACUCCAUGACUUUGGUUCGCUGCUUGGCCCAGAACGCUCUGCUCAGGGAGGAGCUGGUGGAGUCUACGGCCCUGAUGCGAGCGAUGCGCAAGUUGAUUCUUAGAAUGGCCGCUAAUCAGCGCAGGACCCUCCUCGACCUGAAGGACAUUCAGGAGGCUUUCGAGAGACGCAAGGCAGUCCGGUCUGCCAGAUUCGGCCCAUCGAGAUCGGUUGUACGUCCUCGCUGGUCUGUUCUCCUGUCGUUCCUUGGCUGGGUACGUGAUGGUGCCGCAGUGAUGGUCUCGAUCGCACCGCGGUGGAUCAAUUUCCUCCUUUUUGACCAAGCUCGUAGAUUGAAUAACUCAAGCUUUUAAGACCACUUGCACUUGCUUCAUACAAUUGGCUAUCUCUUAUGUACCAUAAAGCAAAUAACAUACAAACAUAAUUAGGCAUAAAA